UCCCUUCAAUUCCCAGAGAUCACAGAAAGAAAGUAGCUUCUCACUCAUCUGAUACACCAAGAUAACAAGUGCAAAGCCAUUAUAUUCACCAUGGGGUGCAAGAUUGUCUUCGUUAUGGCGCUGCUGCUGCUCUCAUGUAGUUCCAUGAGCAGCGCGGCACGCCACCUGGAGGAGAUCGUGCCAAAGGAGAAUCAGCACCCGUCAUAUCCCACCGUGCCAAAGCCUGAAGUCCCGGCGCAUCCCGCCGUGCCCGAGCUGCCCAAGCCUGAAAUGCUGCACCCAGUUGUGCCCGAGGCGCCUAAGGAGCACCAGGUGCCGCACUCCGUCGUGCCGGAGGUGCCAAAGGAGCAUGAAGUGCCGCACCCCGUCGUUCCAGAGCUGCCGAAGCCCGAACUGCCGCCACACCUUACUGUGCCAGAGCUCCCCAAAGCUGAACUGCCACAUCCUGCCUCCUUACCCGAGGUGCCACACCCUGUCGUGCCGGAGGUGCCAAAGGAGCACGAAGUACCCCAUCUCGCCGUGCCGGAGCUGCCAAGGCCUGAAAUGCCACGCCCUGCCAUGCCGGAGGUGCCCAAGGAGCCCCAUGUGUCGCACCCCGUCGUGCCAGAGUUGCCCAAGCCAGAGGAGCCAAAGCAUGAACUGCCACCAUUCCCGAAAGCCGAGCUGCCACCCAAGCCUGAAUUCCACUUCCCGGAGCCGGAGGCCAAGCCAUGAUCGCACAUUCGAACUAGCUACACCUGUGAAGCGUAGCGCCGGUUCUGAGUUUUAAAAUAUGCAUGUAUGGGUGUUCAGCGCGUGUGUGAGGAUUGUGUAAGUUGUGUACUGUUCAUGUCGUUUGCCUGAGCUCUCUGGUUCGUUGGUGAGUGCUGGCUCUGUCAUUAGCAAGGAGCCAGCGGGGUGUACGUCCGAGUGGUGUUUUUCGUGCUCCAGCAGCUUUAUUCUUUUUACGUUUGUAUGCGGUGUUUAUGGCCGGUGUGUGCGCUGCACACGAGUGAUACAGCUUUGAGUAUUUUGACUGGAUUUAUAUAUACUACUACAUCACUGAGUUUUUCAGA